GUCUGAUGAGACACCGUAUGGAUGUGAUUUGGGUUGUUCCGCUGUUGACUGCUCUUGUCAAAUAGACACUAGCUAGCUAGACUAGCCAGCUAGCUAGCUAGUAGUCUAUUCUUACUAGUAUCAUCCAUUUCCAAACCAACACGUUCAACAAAGCAACAAUCCAUCCACAAAACACAAGAUGGAAGGAGGCGCAACCUUAGCAGACAGCUUGCUCGACGACCUGGACGACUUGUCCGACGGCGACGAUCCCGAGGAGGAAGAAUCCAAGCCGGCCGCCAAGGACGAUGAUGAUAUGAACGUGGAAGAAAAAACAGCCAUCAGUAUGCCCCAACGAAAGCGGUUACUGGACAGCCCCAGUUUGCAGCAGCAUUUGAAAGUGAUUCAAAAGAGCCAAUUGUUGUUGCCGUCGUCUACCAAAGACGAACGAGACGACGAGCAUCAACUCAUUGUGACCUCCAACAAGUUUCUAGCCAGUCUUCUGGAAGAACUCGCCAAAGCCCAUGGCGUCGUGUGCGACAUUUACAAACCCAAAUUCUCGGAACUAGAAGAAUUGUUGCCCAAUUUUAUUCAGUACAAGAAUGCGGUUCGAGUGAUUUGGAAUGAAAUGGAUAUUGCGAAAGUGCAAGAAGCGCUCAUUGAUGUCCUCAAUUCGAAUCAGAUCAUUACAUUGAGUGUGGCGGGUUCCACCACCUCGGGACGUCCCUUGACAGACGACGAAUUGCAACAACUCGAAGAAGCCGUCGUGUAUAUGGAAGACAUUCUCCAAACACAACAACAACUCACGCAAUUCGUAGAGAGUCGCAUGGAAUCACUGGCUCCUUCCGUCUGUGCUCUGGUCGGGCCCUCGACGGCGGCCAAAUUGAUUGGAUUGGCGGGGGGAUUGGCGGAAUUGUCCAAAAUUCCAUCCUGCAAUCUACAAGUCCUAGGACAAGUCAAACACAAUUCCGCCUCACGGGCUGGAUUGUCAUCUCUGUCCACGCGGCCGCAUCAAGGCGUGCUGGCCGAAUGCGACAUGGUACAGCGAUGUCCCAAGGCCAUGCAGAAAAAAGUCCUCAAGACGGUGGCCGCCAAACUGGCAUUGGUGGCGCGUUGCGAUUUUGUCAAUGUCGAUGCUGGAAGAACCAGAUCGGCAGCCGCCGGGAAAAAGUUUCGAGAAGAAAUUGAAACCAAAAUCAAUCAAUGGGGGGAACCCGACAAGGCACCCGUUCUCAAGGCAUUGCCCAAACCCGACCUUACCAUCAAAAAGCGUCGUGGAGGAAAACGCAUGCGGAGACUCAAGGAACGAUACGAGGAGACGGCAAUGAUGAAACAAGCCAACACACGUGCUUUUGGCGCCAUGGCAGGUGAGUACGGUGACGACAGUAUGGGCAAAUCGAUGGGGCUCCUCGAUACGGCAGAAGCCACGGGAGUGGGAUCGAUCCGAAAGACAACCGAAAAACGAAAAAUGAGACAGGCAAAUACCAAGAACAGUCGAAAGCGGCAGGCUCAAAUGAGCGCCAUUGCCGCUCAAGGUAAGGGUGGAACUUCGGGAAUGGCGAGUAGUAUGACGUUCAGCACCGUUCAGGGAAUGGAACUGGUCAACCCAGACGCCAACAAGGAACGAGUUCGAGAAGCCAAUAAAAAGUGGUUCAGUGAUCAUGCGGGCUUUCAAUCGGCUCUCCCAAAGAGAAAAUAAUGCAGCCAAGUCAUCUGUAUGUAUGUAAAUCAUUCAUUAGUAUUGCAGUAUUGUUAUG